UUGAUUAAAGUGUACAUUGUCAACAAUGAAAACUCAGUUUAUAUAGUGAAAUCUAGCUUUCAUUAACUACUGGAGGAAACUGUCACAUUAUUCUGUCACAGCAUAUUUUCAACACCAAAGAGGUGUUUAACCACUUGUAAAACCACAGUUGUUUCCACUUUAUGGUUAACCAUCAACAAGGCCUUUGUAUAAAGAAGUCUCAUUGUUUACGUUACAUUUUUUUCCUUUUCUCUUCUGACAUAAGCUGUCACACCCAUUCAGAAGAUGUCAUCCUCUAACCUGGUUAACUGGUUUAUCACACAUGGUUCACAUUCCUCUAUAAAAUGAAUGAGUCAGUACAGUUUCAUUGAAACUCUGUUUAACAUUCAGCUUUCUAACAUGUCUCGGAGCAGUACAGCAAGCCAAAGCCGAUAUGGCACUCAGGAGAAACCCCGCCGAUCUGGAAGAUACAGCAGCUCCAGCAGCCGCAGCAGCUCUAGAGACGUGCUGUGUGAUUUUUGUAUGAUUAAGAAAAACAAGGCAGUAAAAUCGUGUCUGACUUGCUUAACCUCCUUUUGUGAAGCGCAUCUCCAGGCUCAUUAUGAGUAUCCAGCUCUCAUGAAGCACAAACUGGUGGCGGCGACAGGGCAACUGCGUGAAAAGAUCUGCGGCGAACAUGACAAACUUCUGGAGGUUUUCUGUCGUUCUGACCAAAUGUGUGUUUGUGUUUUGUGUAUUAUGGAGGAACAUAAAAAACAUGACAUUGUUUCAGCAGCAGCUGAAAGGACGGAAAAGCAGAAACAGCUUGGGGCUAAACUAAUGACUUCACAGCAGAAAAUUGAGGAAAGGAUGAAGAAAUGGCAAGAUCUCAGGCAGGCAGUGGCAUCUCUAAAGCAUUCAUCACAGAGUGUGCUGGAUGAGAAUGAACGUAUUUUUGCUGAGCUGCUGCGAGCGUUGGAGAGGAGGCAUGGAGAAGUGAAGGAGAUGAUUCGAGCUCAAGAAGUCCUUCUGCUGACCAAUGCAGAGAGACAUUUGGCCAGACUAGAGGAAGAGAUUACCCUGUUAAGGAAGAAACACACUGACUUGGAGCAGCUCUCACAGUCUGAUGAUCACAUUCAUUUCUUACAGAGCUGGCAGUCUCUUUCUGCUCCUUCUGGAUAUGAAGAUUUGUCUAAGGUGACAUUAGCGCCUCACCACACAUUUGACAAUGCAAAGAAAGCCAUCUCUGACUUAAAGGUGCAAAUGGAAGACAUAAGCAAGGAAGAACUGAACAAAAUCUCUUCAGCAGGUUGUUAAAACUCAUAAAUAUACCGUAUGUUGCAAACUUACCACAGAAGUGUUUUUUACUUUGUCUUUGUUUGUAGUGUAGACUUAUGUGGGAAUACAGUAAUUUAAAGCUGUUUAGCAUACACGUGUAACUUUUUUACACUUGUCUUGUGAAAUAUUAUUGCAGUUUAAACAAUUUCAAAGAAUAUUAAACAUUAGUAGAGUAUAUAACUAGCGUGUGCAGAGCAAGUAGUUAGAUUUUUUCUUCAGAGCCUCACACAGACCGAAGAGUGCUUUUUGCCACGCUGAUUAUGAAACAAAUUCUC